UCGCUUUGUAUGGAAGUGGUCGGCAUCACUAACGGAGUGAAGGAUAAAUAUAUAUAUAUAUAUAUAUAUAUGUAUAUAAGUAUAUAACUGAGCGACACGCUGACCUGCGGUUAUGUAUUUCUAAUGUACGUUACGUGGGUUUUUUUUUCUUUUCUUUCCCCCACAUACGACCUUUGUGGACUUAAUUGUGUUCAGUCGUUUUGCUUCGCGACAAGACGGUUUACUUUACGGCUCUUAAACAUCUCAAGUUUGCUCCGCUGUGCCUGACCCCCCCUUUCAAUCAAAUAAAACGGUAUCUUGAAAAGAACGGCUCGCCAACAAAUGCCGUCUUACGCGGUUUUCUUACGCGUGUGACGUUAACGCUUAGCUGGCAUCUUCUGCAUCGGGGUUCACGGGGGUCCUCGCGUCGGGUGUAAUGGUUUUUGGAGUACACAUUACAUCUGAGUGACCGCCGCUACGUGGCACCUACUGGCACCUCUCAAAAGCAACUGCACUUGGCGGCGUUUGGCUUUCUACUCCGCCGCAGGUUCACGUGACGUCUCGCCAGAAGCAAUGAGGAACCUUAUUGCGCUCUCCCUGCUGCUGAACAUACACCAUGUGCUGUCGACGUCCAAAGGAGUCACUGCCAGUCUAUCGGCGAAGUGGAGCAUGACGCCUUUCCUUCUGGAGACGAGUGAGUUUAUUGGUGAAGAUGGGAACGAAAAAUUCUGGCAGUUUGUUGACACCGUGAAAGAGCUCACUGUGUACAAGCAAGGAGAAUCCGUGCGCUCGUACUACAACUUGAUCCUCAAGAAAGCCGGCCAGUUUCUUACGGAUCUUCAAGUGAAUCUCCUCAAAUUUGCCCUGUCCCUGCGGUCGUACUCGCCAGCCGUUCAAGCAUCUCAGCAGAUAGCCAAUGAUGAGGGCCCGCCGGAGGCUUGCCCUGCCUUUGUCUCCGUCCACGGUCAACAUAGCUGCAGUACCAAAGACAUCAAGAAGCUCCUGAAGGCAGCCGCAGGCAGACCAAAACCAUAUCUAUACAAGACCGAGCACACGUAUCCAGGGGUCAAUACAACAGAUGUGCCGGUCGCGAUCCUCUAUGCUGAGAUUGGAACCAAGAAGUUCACCUCGUUUCAUAAGGUGCUGUCGGAGAAGGCUGAAGGCGGCAAACUCGUGUACGUGCUGCGUCAUUUUGUAGCGGACCCGAAGCCUCGGAGGAUGCUUUUGUCUGGCUACGGUGUGGAGCUGGCUAUCAAAAGCACCGAAUACAAAGCCGUCGACGACACCAAAGUGAAAGAGUCGGGCGGAAAAGCUGAGGAAGACGAGGGCGAGGAGGUCCAAGGGUUUGUUUUUGGAACCUUAAAGAAAUCUCACCCUGAACUCAAGCAGCAACUGGUCGAGCUUCGCAAACAUCUGCUCGAGAGUACAAAUGAUAUGGUUCCUCUCAAAGUGUGGGAGAUGCAAGAUCUUAGUGUCCAGGCAGCUGCCAGAAUCAUGUCCGUGCCAAAGUUCGAUGCUCUGAAGCUCAUGAGAGACCUCAGUCAGAACUUCCCGAGCGAAGCCAGAUCACUGACGAAAGUGGCCGUUACGCAGGAAAUGAGAAAAGAAAUUGAGGAAAACCAAAAGCAUCUCAGUGAGUCCGUUGGUGUACACCCGGGAGACGGAGAGCUCUUCAUCAACGGACGGCACAUCGACCUGGACGUUCACAACCCUUUCAGCAUUUUAGACAUCCUCAGAGCAGAGGCCAGGGUCUUAGAAGGGCUUCAUAACCUAGGCAUAAAAGGAGAACAACAAGGGAAGCUGCUGAGGUUACCUGUGAACGCCGUGGAUGACAGAUACGCCUUAGAUAUCAGGCAUCCAGCUAUAAUGUGGAUGAAUGACAUCGAGAACGACCCAGUGUACGGCAGCUGGCCAAUGGGUGUACAGGAGCUCCUCCGAGCCACUUUUCCCGGAGUCAUUCGGCAGAUCCGACGUAAUCUCUUCAACCUGGUGCUGUUCCUCGAUCCAGUAAGGCCAGAAAGUGUUGAGCUGGUGAAACUAGCAGAGCUUUUCUACAAGCACAAGAUCCCCCUGAGAAUUGGCUUUGUGUUUGUUGUCAACACCGAAGAUGAGAUUGAUGGCUUCUCAGAGGCGGGGGUUGGAUUUUUCAGGGUGCUGAAUUACAUUGCAGACGAGUAUGAUUUAUCCCAGGCUCUGAUGUCCAUGGUCUCAAUGUACAACAAAGUAGAGGCAGGGGAGAUGCUGUCUGUUGAUGCAAUCUCUGCUCACCUCAAGAGAAAAUUCCCUAAAGCCAACGCUGCAAGGAUCCUCGGUGUAGAUUCUGAGUAUGAUGACAAGAGGAAGGACGGGGCCGUCUUCUACCAAAAGAGCGGCCUGGGCUCCCUACCGCUGGCUUUAUUCAACGGAGUGCCCCUGAGCCCCGAUGAGAUGGACCCAGAGGAGCUGGAAACCAUCAUCCUGCAGCGCAUUAUGGACACGACCACCAGCUUCCAGAGGGCCGUCUUCACGGGUCAGUUGACUGAAGGCUCCAGUGUGGUGGACUAUCUCAUGGAGCAGGCCAACGUGGUUCCCAGGAUGAACCCUCUUAUCUUGAGCACUGACAGGAAGUACCUCGACUUCACUGCCAAACCAGUUGUAGAUGAUUGGGAGGACACAACCAUGUUCUCCUUCUAUGACUCCAGGGACAAAACCGCUGUGAUGGCCAAGAGGAUGAAGUACUUUACAAAUGCCGAUGAGGAUGGGAUGAGUGCCGUGACCAUGUGGAUAGUCGGAGAUUUUGACAAGGUCUCCGGGAGAAAACUGUUGCUCGGUGCACUGAAACGCGUGAAGGUCAGCCCUGGAGUGCGUGUUGGGGUGAUCAAUAACCCCAGCGGAAAGCCAAGCAGAGAUAACAGCGCGCUGUAUCGGGCGAUCUGGGCCUCGCUCCUCACCCAGAAGAACAAGGCUGCAGCAGAGUUUGUGCAGAAACUCCUGAGAGAGGAAAGUAGUCUGCUUCUCCAAAAGGGGACCAAGAUGAAGGAGCUUCUGACGCAGGGCAUGGACAGAGAUGCCUUCGAGAAAAAGUUCAACACCCUGGAAGUGGACUUUAUCCGCAGUCAGCAGCUGUUUUGUCGAGAUGUCCUGAAACUGAGCCCCGGGCAGCAGGCAGUGAUCAGCAACGGCAGGGUACUCGGCCCGUUUGAAGAGCAGGAAGAAUUCACCGCGGAGGAUUUCCAGCUGCUGGAGAAGAUUACGCUGAGCGCUUCUGCAGAGAAAGUCAAAGCUAAAGUUAAACUGAUGGGCAUGAAAGCAAAGCACGCCAGUGACUUGGUGAUGAAGGUCGACGCCCUCCUCACCGCAGCCCCCCAGGGAGAGGUCAGGAGGGAUGUCCACUUUGUCCAAGACAGCCACAGUGUGCUCCGCCUCUCCCCGCGGGAGAACGAGGUCUUCUAUGACGUGGUGGCCAUCGUUGACCCCCUGACGAGGGAGGCGCAGAAGAUGUCCCCUCUGCUGAUCGUGCUCAGUCAAGUGGUCAACGUGAGACUGCAGGUGUUCAUGAAUUGCCGGGCCAAGUUGUCCGAGAUGCCCCUCAAGAGCUUCUACCGCUUCGUAUUGGAGCCCGACGUGAGUUUCUUGGCCAACGACACGGUGUCCCCUGGACCCGUCGCCCGCUUCCUGGAGCUCCCAGAAUCCCCUCUUCUCACCCUCAUCAUGAUCACACCGGAGAGCUGGAUGGUGCAGGCCGUCCGCAGCCCCCACGACCUGGAUAACAUCCACCUCCAGGAGGUGAGCGGCACGGUGGCUGCCGAGUACGAGCUGGAGCACCUUCUGCUGGAGGGCCACUGCUUUGACCUGUCCACAGGCCAGCCGCCCCGAGGGCUGCAGUUCACACUGGGCAUGAGUCGGGAGCCGCUCAUGUACGACACCAUCGUCAUGGCCAACCUGGGAUAUUUCCAGCUGAAAGCCAAUCCCGGCGCUUGGAUCCUAAAGUUACGUAAAGGGAGAUCGGAGGAUAUCUACCAGGUUCUCUCGCACGAUGGAGCCGAUUCCCCCGCGGACGCUGGUGAUGUCGUCGUUGUCCUCAACAGUUUCCACAGUAAAAUCAUCAAAGUCAGGGUGCAGAAAAAGGCCGAGAAGAUCAAUGAGGAUCUGUUAAGUGAAAAUAGUGAAAGUAAAGGCAUAUGGGAGUCGAUCGCAAGGAGAUCUUAUUCCAGCCCUCGAUCCAGGCUGCAUUAUUAUGCUGUAAGAGCUAGUCUUGCAAAAAAUAUGUGCUUCUGUAGGUAUGUGCGUGUGUGCGUGCGUGCGUGCGUUUGUGCGCCUGCAUCUGUGUGUUUCCCGAACCCUCCCUAACCGCGUGAUCCUGUCUCCUCACUUACUGCUCGCUGUGUCAAGUGUUUGGAGCACUUUUGAGGAAAGGUAGGGAGCGGCGCCGCAACCCACACAUUCAUUGGCAUGCAGCGGCUUUGGAUGCUAAUAACAGUUUAAUGAGAUCAUGGUAAUAACGUAGUGGCUUGGUUUAAAUGUCAUGUCCCAUUUCCGUGUGCUUCCUUUUUUGGCAUUUGUUCAUUUUCAUUUUUGUGGUCAUACAUAUACUGAUUUUUUUUUUUUUUUGUCAGAUUUGAUCCAAUUUGUCCAUCAACAUAAUUUGCAUUAAUACCACGGCUGGUGAGAGCGACCUUUAGUCUCUGCCACGACCCAUGAAAAACACAGAGCUGAAAGGGCGUGGAUGGAUUAAUGGAUGCAUUGAUUGAAUGUGCUCUCGAACUUUAUUGUGGUGCGAUUGCAUCAUCAGCGCCUUUUCAAAAACAAGAGUACAUGACUCCCAAGACCCAGAAGCCACUGCAACCAUUCACUGGUGCCUAAAUCUUCCCCCUAAAAAGAUGUGACUUAAAAACCUCAUUCAGCCCGAGUAGCAAAUGACACAAUGUUUGUAGGAGUUUUCUUUUAACAUUCUAUUUUUAAACCCAAUAGUGGGCGGUUUGUAAAAGCAGAGCAGGCUUUGUGUGGACACUGAUUGGUGAUCUGGUUUCUUGUUGUGCUCAUUACUCUGUAACCUUUUGGAGGGGUUUGCUGUAACGGCCCCGUAUUGAUCCACACAUUCCUGCACUAAGGGAGUCUGAGUGACGCAGUUGUCAGAAAUUCUCUCGUCUUUUAAAGAGAUUUUCCAUCUCUGGAGACUAAUAAUGAGUGAAAAUAGAUCCUUCCUGCUACUCGUUUGUCUUUGUUGUCUUUUUUUUUUUCUUCUCAAUU